ACAAGGUUCGGGAUUGCCUGACUCAUGAGAAUCGCUGUCGUUAAACAGGCACGAAGAACAUGAUAGUGACGUACAUGGAGAACUUAAUAUAGACGCUAGCAUGAAAACUUUUCUUUUCAAGUGCCACCUUAGAUGAAAUCAUUGGAGUGAAGAGACGUACACACACUGUCGUUGAAUUCACAAGUCCUAUGACGUGUGCCGAGGCCUGUUGUUUUCCUAUGAACAGCACGGCUUUCUUCUGAAAUCGCGAUUUCGUGCAAGUGGACGCAUGGAAAGUCAGGCAGGUGGUUAUAUAAUCCCAUUGACCACAUAUAACCCCAUUUGCCGCAUAGAAGAAUUGUGUGGUCAUCUGCGUAGAAGAGAUCUGAUCAGAACAUAGCACAAUGAUGGCACAAGCACUUCACACCCUCAUAGGCCAUUACUGCAAGAGUGCCUUGAUCAUUUUGCCUUGCUCCCAAAAUGUCAGGAAUCAUAUCACCAUCAAUAAAGGUCUGCGCCUCCUCGCCUGCGGGCGACAUCUGCCAGCACGAUUGGUAACAGGAACUUCACCUGCUCUCGCGCGGCCUGGUGUUGCUUCGCCGGCCGGCGCUCGCGCGGUGUCCGGCGCUCCGUGGCCGCCGACCUCGGCAGCCCUGCACACAUCGGUGCCGCGGCCCGACCUUGACCCGCCGACCCCCAGCCAGCGCCAGCGGCUCAAGCUCGCCGUCAGAGACUACGGAGGCACCGUGAUCGUGUUCCAUGUCACGAUCUCAUUGGCCUCGCUUGGCUUUUUCUAUCUCGCUGUGAAGAGCGGUCUGGACGUGGUCGGCCUGCUGCGCUGGGUCGGCCUCGGCGACAGUCUGGCGCAGAGCAAGCUGGUGACGGGCGGCAGCACGUUCGUGCUCGCCUACGCCGUGCACAAGGUGUUCGCGCCGGCCCGGAUCGCCACCACGCUCGCCUGCACGCCCUUCAUCGUGCGCUCGCUGCGCCGCCGCGGCCUGCUGAAGACGCCGCCGCCGCGGAGCGACUGA